AUGGGUCACGAGUUCACAGGCAUCGUGAGCGAGGUUGGGUCUGAUGUGCAUACCUUACACGUAGGGGACAAGGUCGUGUCUCCUUUCACUGUAUCCUGUGGAAACUGUUUCUAUUGUAAGAGGGGCUUCACAGCUCGCUGUGACCAAAGCCUGCUCUUUGGGUCUGCCGGACUCGAUGGCGGGCAAGCCGAAUAUGUGCGAGUACCAUUUGCCGACAGCACUGUUUUCAAGGCACCGGAGACUAUUUCUGAUCGUGCUUUGCUUCUAAUGGCCGAUAUUUUCCCCACUGGCUAUUUUGGAGUAAAGAAUGCAAUAGAGCUGUCUCCAACCGUAGACAUCACUCAGUCCACCAUCGUCGUUGUGGGCUGUGGUCCUGUUGGCCUUUGCGCGAUAGCCUGUGCGUCCGGCCUCCAGCCUCGCCAUCUCUUUGCAGUCGAUGGGGUAGAAAGUCGACUGAAAAUUGCUCAAGAUCUUGGUGCAACACCUCUCAACUUCGCAACUGAUCCAGAAGGGAUGCGCCAGCACGUCAUGACAGCAACUGACGGUCGUGGGGCAGAUAUGAUUGUGGAAGUCGUGGGUCUGAGCCCAGCGCUGAGGACUGCGUUUGAUCUUGUCCGGCCAUUUGGGGUAAUCAGUAGUAUAGGAGUCCACAACGCAGAGAUCCCGUGGACCGGAAAUGAAGGUUACGGAAAAAAUGUUCGUCUCCAGAUGGGGAGAUGCCCGGUACGUCAUGUUUUCCCAGAGGCAUUGAAAGUCUUGGAGCAGAAGCAGCACCAACUCGGAUUCAUGUUCGACCAUGUCAUGCCACUGAGGGAUGCUGUAGAAGGAUACGAGCUUUUUGACAAGAUGAAGGUCCAGAAGGUCAUUUUUCGCCCAUAG